GACGAUGGCGUUGGCGAUUUCGACUACGUCCGACACGCAAGCCUGCCAGCAGCGACCUCGCCGACUCCGACGGCUGCCGGCACGGCGAGCAAGAAGACCACCACUGCAAUGUCAUCCGGCAGCGGAACCGCUGCGAACAGCGCCAGCGGGCGGCCCGACGAGGGCGGCCUGCACCUCCGAUCGCAGGCACCCCAUCUCGGUGCUCGGGGCGGCGGGGGCGCCAGAGAAGUACAGGGGAGACCGCCGUCGGCAUGGGUGUUCGGCUACCUGCAGAACCUGUGCCAGAACGCGCUGCACGGAUGCGGAUAUGCGGUGGGUCGCAUUUGUGACCAUCACCGAUUCCUCGGGCAGGAGGAUAGGUUGGCGGAAUCCCUGCGCCACCAGCGGCCGGAGCUCGCGUGGGUCAGCCUGGCCCAGCCGGGCACGGCGCGGGGCACCCGCAACGACAAGCGAGCCAAGCGUUUCGAGUGCAGGAUCGCUCGAGCUCAACUUGAAGGACAUCGCCUCUGCGUUGUCGAGGCAGGCGAGGGCAGCGUGGUGUGGGACAUGCCCGACAUUCUAGAGCUGCUAGACGACGGCAGGUGGCACAUGGAUCGGCCGGACUUCAAGGCCAAAGGGGUACCUGCCCUGGUCAUGCAGAUGGCGGCCGCCGGUUGCUUCGACGGCGGCGUGAGAUGCGACGCAGUCGACGUUUCGUUCGCAGACGAUGUCGACGACGCCGGCUGCAAGGUGAGCGCGCUGACCGCAAGCUUUCCCGCCGAGCAGAGGACGCGCGACAAGGCGCGCAAGGCAGCAGACCCGGAGCGCAAGGCGAAGAAGAGGCCGCAGAAGGUGGAACAGGUCUUCGACGACUGCGGCUCCGACUUCACGAAGCUCUACGUGGCGAACGAGUACGUGCUGGACGAGGUCUGCUACGGCGCCGAGCUCAGGGAAGACCAGUGCAUCGACGAGCAGCCGUACGUGAUGAUGUCCGAGUUCUUUGGCAUGACUGGCUCGGAGGCGUACCUGAGCGAGAAAGACGAGCAGCGUAACUUCUUCAGCUCAGCGAGUGGCCCUUCUUUCGACCUCAUUUGCGACUGCGACCUGAUGACGCACGAGGGCCAGAAGCAGUUCUGGGAGUACUUGCACCACGGUAAGCCUCUCGUGCUACUUAUCAGCACGCCCUGUGCCAGCUUGAAGGGGUUUUCGGCGCUCAACAGGGUCAUCAACUACAGCGGCUGGCUUCGCAGUCGCAGGGUAUCAGUGGGAUUGGCCCGCAUCGCCGCGGCGGCGGCGCGUGCGCAGAUGGACGCGGGCCGCCACAUCGUGUCGGAGCAACCGCUGGGCAGCGACUUCUACAAGCUUGACGACUGGCGAUACAUCGCCAACAAACGCGGAUCCUGCCCCGAACGGGACCAGUGGCGCCUGGAGAAUCCCAAGGAUCACGCGGAGUGGGCAAUGGGCAUCUGCCGGGAGCUGGCCACGAGCAUCUCCCGCAUGAUAGAGCGCGUGAGUGCCCGGCUUGCCGGGGCGGGCGCGCGGCUUCAGACGCACGGCAUGCCCGAAUACCUGGAGAGCGCCGCGCAGACGGCGUUCUUCCAAGAGCAGUUGGACCUCGAGAGCUGCGACCGCGGCAACCGCCGGCAUUUGAGGCAGAACGUCGACCUCGAGCAGCUCGAGCAGAUGGUCCUCGACUUCGAUCACGACUGGCGGCGGCUGGAGAAGCGGAGCGGGCUGAGGCAUCUCGCGGCGCCUCGGGAUCAGCGGACGGCGCUGGCGAGGCACCUAUCGCAGAACAGCCUGCUGCGGCCCCAGCCGGACGAGCUCGAGGAGUGGAUGCGGGGGCGCAGAUGGUGGAUGAUUGAUGAAGCGACAUGCUGGACAGUACUGAACAUCCUGGACCGCAAGACUGCGAUCAUGAUCAUCGCCGGCAUCACCAACGGCUGGAUACGACCUCACGGCCCCACGAAGCUGCUGAGUGCCGACAUCGAGGGCGGCCUCCAUGGCGAGGAGGCGUGCCAGUGGCUGAUCAUACACCGCGUGCGGAGCCAGCUUGAGCAAGAGGGUAUUGUGAUGCCGUUGGAAAUUCUGAUCGCGGAGUGCACACUCAUCAAGAACCUCCUCAUCACCGUGGCGGGCUUCAGCCCUUACCAGGCGGUGCACGGCCGGCUUCCUCCACUGUUUGCAGAGUUCGAGCCGGUGAGCGACUGUCAGAUUGACGACCAGUCUGCUGGCAUCCCAGGCAUCUCACGACACCAUCAUCGACUACGUGAAGUAGCAAUGCAGGCCAUGGUUGAGGUGACCGUGAAGGACAGGUUGAAGCGCGCACUUCGAUCCAAGACGCGGGCCCCUCACGAGGCACUGCAGCUGGCGGUCGGCGAUAAGGUUGACUUCCAUCGGCCACCGAGCACGAAGGGGGAGUCGGGUUGGCGAGGACUGGCUGCCCUGCUGCAGGUUGGACCUCCAGUGCUCGUUCGAUGGCAAGGCCGAGUCUUUCAAGUUCGACCUCAGGAUUUCCGACGAAGCCUUGUGUAUUUGGCAAUGUUUACGAACAACAUCUUCUUCGAGGCAGGAUCGCGCGACCCAGUGGCCACCAUCGUGAGCUACGCAGACCAGCUGGACAGCAAGGUCGCGCGGGCGGGGUGGCUCUUCGACGCCGGGUGGAAGCGGACCGCGGACAGCCAGAAGCUCAGCGAGCUGGUUCUGGCGGUGCUGCAGGUUGCAGCCAGCGGUUUCUACUUGGUUGGCUGCGUCGGCGCUGGAGUGGGCAAUGGCGUAUCCGCACUCGAAGGGAUGGUCGGAUGUGACCGCGGUUUCCUGUGGCGGUGGCGGCGCGGCCGCCCGGAGCUGUCCUGGCACUAUGAGGCGUCGGGUUCCGCUCGCUUGAAGCUGGCGCAGAUAUUUGGCAAAGACCAUUGGCGAGAAGUUAGCUUUGUUCAGUUCAUCCUGACUGACGACGAGUCGGACCCACCGGGGCUUCAGGAGGAGGACAUCGACAUGCCCUGGCAGGACAGGGAAGAUGACGAUGGAAAUGAUGACGGCGACUCGGACAGUGACGCGACCCAGGAGUACGAGCCCCUCAUCCAACUCGCGAGCUGGCAGUACAUGAAGGAGCAGGCCGCUUUGCCCGCGGUCGAUGCCGAGCGCGCCCAGAGAGAUUUCUUCUUCGCGGCCCCGGACGCAGAUCACGUGGCGGAGGCCAUAGAGGAGGGCUCCAUGAAUUCCCGACUCGACUGCGUCGAGAUCGGCAUAGGCGCGCCGUUGAUGUAUUGGGUGCAUCCUGAGGUGGAGUACAUCCAACGCCCGGGAGUGAACGUGCUCACGCUGGAGGAGGCCCGUGCUCACGAGGUUGAAGUACGGCAGGCCAUGAAGGACCAGGCGGACAACGUCAUCGACUCGCGCUGGGUGCUCAAGUGGAAGGAGAUCGACGGCAAGAAGCAGGGGCUUUAUGACAUGCAGUCGCCAGACCUAGCCACGUUCGCGGGCGCCACGACGCGAUGGGGGCAACGAUUGGUCGACCAGAUGACAGCACAGCGCAAGUGGCGACUGUUCUCGGCGGACAUAAGCCAGGCGUUCUUGCGCGGUCUCACCUUCGAGCAGGUCGCCGCCGUGGACGGCGAGGUGAAGCGUAGGGCGCAGGUCGCCAUGCCGCCAGGAUCGAUUCCAGUCCUUCGGCAGCUGGAGGGCUACGAGGGCUACAGCCCUGUGACAGAGGUGUUGUUGCUUCUCCGGUGCGGCUUCGGCCUCAAGCAUGCGCCGAGGCUGCGGCAGGUCAUGUUGUCCUCGCACGUGGGCGACCCGAAGGGCGGCGGCGAGGACUACCUGAGGGAGAAGUGCAUCGGCGUCAUGCACGAGCAGGGCCCGGUGACCAAGGCCAUCUGGACGCACCAGCAGCACUACGCCCAGUAG